CUAGUCCAAAUAUUGUGACGAAAUUAAAAGAUGUUUUGGGACCAAGGGUAUAACAUUACAUCCAUAUGAUCUUAGUGUAGAACAUCAGAUUUUAACUGCUUUGAGGUUUUAUGCAAUUAGCUGCUAUCAGAGUUCAAUAGCGGAGCAGUAGGAUAUAGUAUCAAGUCAACCAUCUGUUAGCCAUUGUCGCAAGAAAAAUUUCGAAUCGUACCUCAACCAUUCAUUGGAGCUAUUGAAGCAAUAGACUGCAUUUACAUAAAUAUUAUAACAUCAAAAGAACAUGAAGAAGCAUACGUCAACCAUUGGGGUGAUCACUCAAUGUGCAAGAGCAUGUUAUGACGCAUAUAUUUGGUCAAAUUCUCCAAUACGUCACAUUAUGGAACAGCGUUUUAGAAACGGAGAACGUAAUACGUGGUUGAUUGGUGAUGAUGGUUAUGGCUUGGAAUCUUGGCUGAUGACUUUAAAAAAUGAAAUACCAAGUUCGCCAAGAUUUUGCUAUAAUAAUUUAUGCAGCGCUAGAUCAUGUGUAGAAAGAUUAUUUGGUGUUUGGAAAGCUAUGUUUAGAUGUUUAUAUGCAUGUUAAAAUCGAG